AUGAACAUUAUCAGCGGCGGUAUUGCUGCCACCACAAUCUCUGCAACAGACGACGACAUCAAUGAAGGCCACCUGGUUAUUCUCUUCCUCUUCCAAUACCACAGACCGAAAUUCUGGGCGCGGAAUUUGGAUGAUACCUUAGUCGUCAUCGAAAGGCAUCAGGUAUUCACGUUCAAGGAACGUCUCAACAGCGUCUUCCCAGACACAUAA